GGGGUUGAGAUGAGCGUACUACUCCCCAAUAUGGCGGACUUCGACACUAUCUAUGAGCUGGAGGAGGAGGAAGAGGAGGAGGAGGAGUCCGAACCUGUGGUGCGGAGCCAGGAGCUGCCCCGGCCCCGCGAUGCGCCGGAUCCCGUAGCGGUACGGGGUGCCGGGCACAUCACCGUGUUUGGCUUGAGCAACAAGUUUGAUACAGAAUUUCCUUCUGUUCUGACAGGGAAGGUUGCCCCAGAAGAAUUCAAGACCAGCAUCAGUCGUGUGAAUGCCUGUUUAAGAAAGAAUCUCCCUGUCAAUGUAAAAUGGCUGCUUUGUGGCUGUCUGUGCUGCUGCUGCACACUGGGCUGUAGCCUGUGGCCUGUAGUCUGUCUUAACAAAAGAACUAGAAGAUCAAUUCAGAAGUUAUUAGAAUGGGAAAAUAACAGACUGUAUCAUAAGCUUGGUUUGCACUGGAAGCUGAGUAAAAGGAAAUGCGAAACUAGCAAUAUGAUGGAAUAUGUAAUAUUAAUAGAGUUCUUACCAAAAUAUCCCAUAUUUCGACCUGACUGAGGAACAGCAUUUGGUCUUUCAUGUUACCUGUCAUUUUCUACCCUUAGUGCCUUGUAGAUGAUUUUGGAAAGAAGAUGGUCUACUUUGCUGUGACUUAAAAAUGUUCUUCAGUAGAGUAUCUUCCUUGCUAUGUUACUUUUUUUCAUUAAGAAGAAAACAAUUUGCACAUUUUUUUAUGUUAAAUGAGGCUUCUAUGUUGCACUCUGAAUUUUUAACAUUAACAAUAACUGAUAUAGUUGCCACUAGGGAUCUAACAUCAGUGCUGCUUAAACUUGUUCUGAGCAUGCUGCCUUAUUAAUUUCUAUAUUUGCUGUCCUCAAACAUGCAUCCUAAUGCCAUGUCAUACUAUAUUUCAUUCUAAAUGUCGCAAUCCUAUAAACCCUCAGUAGAAAUGUCCAGGUAAGCGUCUAGUAGUAAUGAUUUUAGUAUAACUUGCUUGCAUAGGACUUGCAAUCAACAGCACUGGUUUUGUCCUGCACUUUGCAAAAUCAUCAUUUACAUUAGGGGGUUAAUUAUUUUACCCACUAUGGAUUUGUAAAUAUUGACUCUUUGCAUAAUGUAAAGUGUGGUAUGCCAAGGUUUACAGAAUGUAAUAUAGCUCUUAUUCUAUUGCCAACAGUCUGACAUCGUUUUAUUUGUUACAUUUGCUAGUAUCCCUCUGAUUGUAUAGACCCAUCCACAUGCUGUUUUUAUGGUAAAGCCAUAAUAAGUUUGUACAUACUAUCAAAUGUGUAGGGCUCAGUUGCACUUUCUUUAGUAAAUGGAUGAAAAAUGCAUAGCAUUUCUGUCGUCUUUUUUUUUUUUUUUAAGUAUUUCAGGUGGUGUUUGUAGCACCUGAAAUAGGAAGUUUAAAUACUGUUCACCUUUGGAAAAGUUGCAUUUGUGGGGUAGAUGGCAGCUGCCAAAUAUCCCAAAGCCUCUUUCUAAGUUAGGAAUAUAUGGAUGCCAAGUUUUGUUUUUAAGUAAGGCAAAAAAUGUUUCAUAAUUGUGAGACCUUCAUUACUAAGGAGAAAAAUUUGGAACAGCCAAAUCAAAGCUGAAGUAACACUUUCAGUGUUUUUGUAGUGUGAUAGUACUUCAACAUUUUAACAGUUAAGUGACAUGGCAUCCUUUCCAGUGGAAAUAAAUUUUAUCUAAAUCAGAGUAGUGUUUCAAAAUAUGCUGAUGGGAGGAAGUGGACCAGUUGAAAGGGUCCAUGCAUAUAUUUUGGUGUUCAGGUACAGUCUGAAGAGUCACAAAUGCCUUGUGGAAUUCACAAGUAUUUUUGGAUUCUUCCCAGUUUGCCCGAUCUCAGGAAGGGAAGUAAUUGUAGAAAAACUUCCUGUAAUGGCUGGCCGAAGCAAGACCACUUGAUAAUAGUAAGCAAAUGAAAACUGAUGCAAGUUCCCUCCCCUUCCUAACUAGAAAUAAGAAAUCAGAGAAAAAAACAGCAGAUGACUUGAGUAUCUGCAAGUUGCGAUGAAUAUCAUCGUAAGUGUCCAGGCAUUUCUUUACAGCAACUUGACUCCUUGUGACAUCAUUCCAAGUUGCUUUUUAGUUUCAAGGUGACUUGGGAUUUCCUCUGAAUGUAUUUGCAUCUUUUCAGUAUGCAAUAUUGUCUGAAAAUACAGUAUUUGUAAGACCAUUGCAUUCUAAUAACCAUAGUAGGCCAGUUUUCUUGUACGCAGUGUUUACAGAAGGCCAGUUUUAUCCAAGUUGUUACUUCGAAUCAAAUUUUGUGCUAUUCUUACUGUACAGCUGAGGAGUGUCAGACUCCAGUGCUUACAGUAGUUUCCAAUCACAGACUGAUGCUUCAGAUUCUGAAAUCCAUAUACUUAGUGCAGAGGUUUCAUUUGACUGGUAGAUUGGUGACAACUAACUGUAGUUACAUUUGUAACAAAAUGAAUAAAAACCUACUGUGUUUGAAUUUAACAUUAGCUACACCUUGCAACUCAGAUUUCUAUUGCAGAACCAAGCAAAGUGUUCUCUCCAAUUUAUUUAUUUUUUUUUUUAGGAUGAGUGUUAACUGGAAGCAGAGAAAAUACUUAUUGGCAGAAAAAUGCAGUGUAAACCAAAACUGAAAUAGCACAUCCAAUUCUAUGUAUUUCCCUUACAAAUCAGUUUCUGGAGUAAAUGAAGGGAACUUGGCUUAAUGAACAGAACAAUGGAAGUUUCUUACUGUUAUGCCAGAACUUUGUUAGUAAUUUUCUUUUUUUAUGUGUGUGUGUAAGAAACUCAAGAAAUCUCAGCAGGUUCUUAUUUUCUUCUUUAUGUGACUAUAUUUUCAAAUGUUCUUUUCCAACUGAGAGAACAGGCAAGCUGAAUGAGAGCUCUAGUAAUUGCCAGUAGUGAAUGCUGAGCAGUCUUCAGUCUCGCUGCUAAAAGAAAUCCUCUUCAGUCUGUGCUGACUUCAUCGUAUUCAGUUGAAAAUUUCUGAAACUGAUUUGUCUUGUUUCUGUGAAAUGCUGUGCCAAACUGAGAGAAUACCCUGAGCUACAGGAGCCCCUAGUCCCUCUGGGCUGUUCCCUGGCCACCCCGUGCUGCGAUAUGACCAGAGAUCCAAGGCAGAACAAAACAAGAUCGUGGCUUUUGCUUUCCCACCCUCAUCCCUUUGUCCCCUUCCUGCAGGCCUGGCCACGUCCAGUGCCACAGGCUGCUCUGCCGCAGCAGAUUGUCUGCCUCUGAGUCUCUCCUGGGCACUAAAGCACUGAAUAAUUAGUUUUUAAAGUUUACAUUUUAAGUAUGUAAAUUCUAUACAUUUUACUUUGUCCUUAAUUGUUAAUUGUAUAGUCUUCAAACCAUGAAAGGGUCUCUUCUUUUUGUGUUUUAAUAGACAUUUAAGUAUGUGGCCAUAAAGCAACUAGUAAAGAAUGAGAGCGCCAAAACUGCCAUUUACAGUAAGCUGUAAUGUUUUAAUAAGUAGAUAAAUUUGCAUUAAAAUGCAAAACCAGCAAGCAGUAUUAUAUUUGCAUCUGAAAGACACAGGUUCUGUAGCUCAUUUAAAGAUGAAGGCAGCUGUAAGUACUGCUCUGAACUGUGCACUUCUGCUCUGCCUACAGGUUCUUUUUUGCCUGGGCUAUCCUUUGCUUUAAUAUAAAGACAUUCAGGUGUAAUUGUAUCUCACGAGACUGAAAAUGUCAUUUUUGACAAUAAGUCAGCAUUAAUUGGUAAACCUGUUUAUGGAGGAUACUUGUUAAUUGGAGAAAGAAUUUGUAGCAAUAUAACAGAGAUUAAUGUUAGCAAAGUGUAGUGGAAGUGGUAAAGAAAGUGCCUUGACUGGUUCUAACAAAAGAGAAAGCAUUGUGCAGAGUGAGGAGAAAAGGGAACUAGUAAGUAUCAGUAGUGUGAGUUUGCAGCAGAUAUCUAAAAGCAGUUACUGUCUACCAAAUCAAUGUUUAAUUUUUCAUAUAAAGAUGUUGACACUAACUUUCCUUUCUAGUUUUUAUCUAGGAAAUAUUUGGGUUUCUAUCUAGUAAGUUUUGUAUCUAAGGAGUAUUGAAGUAUUAAAGAAUACUGGCAGACCAUCAAAGCUCUUACUUACCGUUUCCCCACCUGCAUCUGUGAAGUUGUUUUACCAUAGGAAGAAAAAAAAAGUGUUCCAAGGCAUGCACAGACAAGUCUAGGAAGUGUGGAUUUAGUUGUAGAUGGGUGACUUUAAAACAGGAAACGUUUUUGCUAAAUCUGGUGUGGUCUUGAUAAAUUAAAAAAAAGUUCCUAUGCUUUUCUUGAUAGGUACAAAACUCCAUAUGCAAAACCAUAAAUAUAUGUAUAUGAUUGUCCCACUAUGACAGUUUUUACUACAUUCACUUGUCAACACACUACCAUUGGAGCAAUAAAAAUGUCAAGCUAUUAAUACUCAAUGUAAAUAAUUUAUCAUUUUAGUAAGUAAUGUUAUGUGAUUCUUCUGCCUUUUUUGUUUUCUGUUUUUGGUGUUCUUAUGGUGUUGUAACAUUACUUGUACUGCUUAAGAAAAGUGGUUUUGUUUAAGCUGUAUGAAACUUUGUGUUCUUAACAUUUUUAUUCUGUUUACAAGUGAACAGCCACUUUUUUAAUAGGACCUCACAUCUUGAGACUUUUUUUUUUAAUUAAAAUAAAAUUCUAACUGAGCUCGAUUUCUACAAUUUACUGCACUAGCUUGUGCCAUUAAAAGAAGCUGGAAGUCAGACAUGCUUAAUCACUUUGAGACAUUUUUCUUUAAUUAAAUUUAAAG